AUGAAUCAAGCGGUAGAGGAAUCAACAUAUGACAGACAAGAAGAAUACCGUUCUGCUCAGAGAGCAGCGGUUGAGAGCAUAAUGAUUGGUCGCGAGACUCUGGAAUCUGCAAUUCGACAAGGAGAACAACUUCAAAAUGCUGAGAACCUUGCGGUGGAGACCGAAUACAAAUUGGACAGGGCAACCCGGUUGAUAAAAGGAAUGUCGUUGGGAGGCUGGAUAAAAAAUAAAUUCACUGCUGAUAUUGAACCCCCUGAAUAUCGCGGACAAGGUGACGCAGAUGCUCUUGGAGGCCCUCCAAGGAUGUACGACGAUGUCCCAGAAUUUUGUUCCUCGGCAGCGCAAGCAAUUCAAAACUACCACUGUAAUGUUGAUGUUCUAGAGGAAUGUGAAACUGAUGAGCAGCGCGAGACAUGUAAGGUCAUUUGCAACAAUAUGCAUACUCUGGCUCACAAGGAACUGAAGCAACUCCUUCUGAAAGAAGGCGGAGACAAAGACUCACGACAAUUUGCUUCCAAGCUGAAAGAUGAUUUGACGAUACUUCGAAGUAGGCAAGAAAGUGCUCAGUCGCUUAGGGCGUCACCAAAGAGUGCGAGUCAAAAUACAACAAGCCAACGAGAUAAACUAUUCUCUUCAGCUUCUCAAGCUUCGCAUGAAACCAAAUCACCGAUUGAGGAAGUACAAGACGAGCAUCUCGAUUCUAUGGCCCGACAUUUAGAUGAGUUAGGCUCACUAGCCACAAACUUAAAUGCUUCUCUGGCUUAUCAUGCAGAUACUCUAGAGACCCUCGAUGACAAGAUGGAAUCAAAUCUUGUCAAGAGCAAUGCGGUCACUCGUCGGACUGAUCGCUUGAUCCAAAAGAAGUCUUGGAACAAAACAAAACCAAUUUUUGUUUCCAAUUUCUCGAUCCAGCACGUUCGAACGGGAAAGUACUUGGCAGUUUCCACCAAUAGCACGCUUGUUCUGUCGUCGAAAUUCAACGAGACUUGCAUCUUUGGUAUUUGGAAACGACAGGGCAAGAUUUUUGGUUUGCAGAGCAAGUAUUCUACUAGAUGGCUAGGACAAAACAUGUUUGGUAGUUUGGUUUGUACAGCAUCCAAGUUUGCCAAGAGAGAAGAGUGGGAUGCUGAUGGAGAUGACUGGACAAGCACUCCCUUGAUCUGCUGUUCUGCUGGUUGGGGUGCAGGAGGCUACCUCCUUGUUGAUGAAACUGACGGUUCCAUUUCUUUAAUCGGUGGAGAACUAAGUGAUAGAAAUCGAGCCACUUUGUGGUCAAUCAAGGACUUUGAAAAGAAGAACAGCACAUCCCCUCAAAAAAGCAAAUAG